UAUAUAAGCCAAGAGCUGCAGAGACGGACAGAGAGACGCUCCCUGUCCCUGCAGGACACCAGUGGACUUAAACCUGCCUCCAGAUUCCCACAGAGCCAUUAAACCACGACACAUCCAGGACAGGAAUGGGGCUGCUCAGUGUGGAAGAACUGGUGACCGGUAAGAGGUCAGAAGGAAGGGAGGCGGGUGACUUCCAGGGCGGAGUGUACGAGGCAGCUGUCAAUCAGGAGAAGCAGGAUGACCUCAGGUCACAGCAGGAGCUGGAGGUGGGAGGAGACGCCACAGAGGAGGGGGACAGCGGCAGCGAGCCGGAGGAGAUCAGCUUGGUGGCUCUGAAUACGGAUAGAAGUGGGAGGCUGAAGUUGGAGACGGUCGAUGACCUGUUCAACAUCCUGCAGCUGAGGAAGAAGAGGAGGCAGAGGAAGGCUCCCGGUCACAAGAAGAAACAAGCAGAGGCAGAGGCUGUGCCGGAGUCGGUGGACGAGCAGCUGUUUCUGACAGCCGUCAGUGAGAACAAACUUCCUCUGGUGGAGAAGUUCCUGACAGACGGAGGAGAUCCUAAUGUCGCUGACAACUUCCAGAGGACAGCGUUGCACAAAGCGUCCUUCAAAGGACAUGUGGAUGUGAUUAAAAGACUUCUUGAGGCUGGAGCUGCUAUUGAAAAGAAAGACAAGCUGGAGGCCACAGCAGUCCACUGGGCCUGCAGAGGAGGCAGCCUGUCGGCCCUGGAGCUCCUCCUCAACCAGGGAGCCAAGUUCACCUCCAGAGACAAGCUGCACAGCACGCCGCUUCAUGUUGCUGUCAGAACAGGACACUGUGAGUGCGCCGAGCAUCUUAUUCACUGUGGAGCAGAUGUCAACGCCAAGGACAGAGAUGGAAAAACUCCACUGGAGACGUUGUAUUCAUGGCAGAACGGAGCCAAAAGCCUCCUGUUCAACCUCAGUGAGGAGAAGCUCGACCACUGAAGAUGAGCCCUCAACCACAUUCUCCUGGGAUUAUCUGAAGAAAUUAUGGAUUUUAUUUAAUUUUACAGCCCAUCAGGAUGAUAGUUUUUUACAUGCAGGUUGUUGGUUGAGUUCUAAGAGCUUAACCUCGGGACGUUUGCUCAGUAAUGUGAAGUCUAAUCAGGAUGUUUUGACCUUUAUGACCUUUAGGUCUAAUGGGUUUGUUGUUUGUGAAAUAUUGCUGGACAAUAUAAUUUUAAUUUUUACUUUAAGCUGAGUUGAAAUCAGCAUUAAUGCAUCUGGAAGGUGACUUAUUUAUUUAUUGAUAAGAUGUGUUCUCGUUGACAGAUUUAUUGUGCUUGAUUGAUUUGUUUCAGUAGCAAACCCUUAAAGACUGACUGUUUUGUGUUGUUAUGUUUGUUUUUAUGGCAUUCUUACUCACUAACAGGUAAAAACUGCUUUGAUAAGAAACUUUUCAAGGGCUUUUCAAUAGUGAAAAUCUUUAGUAUGACUUGAGGUAAGUUUGAAAUGAAGAAGGUCUUUUUUAUGGCUAAUGUGUGCUAAAGUCACACAUUUUAGUUUUAACCAGAUUCAUUGGUUUUAUGUGAGAUUGGACGACGAAUUAAGAUGGGUCAAUGUAAGUUUAUGCUUCAGAAUGAGAAAAAUCUUCACUUUCAUUUAUGCUGCAAAUUUACAUCAUUCUGCUCAAUUUUGAAUUCUGCAGCAACAUUUAAGUUGUUCAAAUAUUCUUUCCAGAAUCUGAGUUUGACCUCUUUUGAACUUUUUUCUAGUUAUUAGGUUUAUGUUUAUAUAAGGAAGACAGUGUGCGUGUAAAGAAACUGAAACGCCACUGAUGGCUGAAUGAAUGUUUAUGGUUGAACAACAAGUAUAAAUGUUUUCUAACAUGUAAUUAAUCAGUAAAAGUGUUUUUAAAGGACA